AUGGCGCCGCGGGGCCACCACUUGGCGGAGGUGGCCCUCCUCGCCUCCGCCUCGGCGGACCUCGCAGCCGCAGGCGCCGGCGAGAGGGAGGGGUGGCUAGACGACCCCGCCGUCCUCCCCUCGCUCGGGCCCCGCGCGCGCGCCCUCGCCGUGGCCAGCGCGGCGCGGUCCGUGCUCGUCAUCGUCCCGUUAGCGGGAGGUGGAGGCGGCGGGGUCACGGUGAAGCCUGCGCUGGGGCCCGACGAGGGCCGAAUCUCCGCCGUUGAGUGGGUCCCGCUCGCCGGGGAGGACGACGCAGAGGGGGACGAGGGGGUGGCCGUGGCCGUCGGCACGGACGCCGGUUGGCUACUGUUCUACUCGCUCGCCGGCGAUCUACUGCACAAGCAGAGUAUAUAUCCUGCAAAGAUACUGAAACUCAACUUUCGUGAGAGGAAGGAGAACGCUUGGGAAGAUUCAGGCUCAGAUGAACUUUCUGCAGUGUUUCCUGGUGUUAUUGCACGCUUUGAUGGUGCUGACCUUCAGAGCAUUCUUAAAAAAACAUUUCAAGAUGUGAAAUCACGCCUGUGGAAAGAUAAGUUUGAAGAGCAAGAUGCUGAGGAUGAGGAAACCUUUGGACGGAUACCCUUCCAGAUUUGGAAUGUAAGCAAGUUCAGUUCAUGUGCUGAAGCUGCAAUUGUUGGUCUGAUGCCACCUCCCUUGUUAGAAUUUCAGUCAAGUCAGCGCCACUACUGUGCCAUCACAGUUGGAGAGGAUGCUGUAGUUUCAGCAUAUAGGCUAUCAGAAGAUAGAAGCAGGUCAAUUGUUGGAGCAAUUUUGUCAAGAGGUGUAGCUGCAACAUUUUCGACAAUAUCAUCUUUGUCCAAAAUACUAUGGCGGAGUGAGCCAUCACCACCUAAAAAGUCACGGCCAAAGCCUCAAUCCUUUGCAAAAACAUCACCCCUCACCUGCUUGAAAGAUUCCCCAAGAAAGGGAGAACGGCUUACACUCUCUCCGAGUGGUACGCUGGCUGCUAUAACUGAUUCACUUGGGCGGAUACUACUGCUGGACACCCAUGCCCUUGUGGCUGUACGGUUAUGGAAGGGCUAUCGUGAUGCUUCAUGUCUAUUUGUGGAAAUGCUUCUGAACAAAGACAAGGCUUCGUCAAGGUCGAUGCACAUAGAAUAUACCAAGAGUGACUAUUGUUUGUGUUUAGCAAUCCAUGCCCCGCGGAAAGGCAUAAUAGAGGUUUGGAAGAUGCGGACUGGGUCACGCGUCCUAACCAUCCCAUGCCCCAAAGGAAGCAGAAUUUUACAACCCUCAGCAAGGCUCUCAACAUUGUCGUUGUCAUCUUCGUAUUCCCCACUGGAGGUUUACUUGUUCAAUGGAGACUCUGGGCAAUUGUCAGUUUUGAAUAGGCACGUUGGAUGA